GCCUGAUACUUGUUCAACUCCUACUCGCCCGUCACCGGAGCAAAGCCCUCAGUCCCCUCGCAGAGCUCGAAGAAACCCUAGCAAGCCCGUCCAGAAAUCCCCAACAGCGCGAUCAUGGCGACCAACACUCCGAACCUAGAGUGCCGGAUGUACGAGGCCAAGUACCCGGAAGUCGACCAGGCGGUGAUGAUCCAGGUGAAAAGCAUGGCCGACAGCGGCGCGUACGUUUCCCUCCUCGAGUACAACAACAUCGAAGGCAUGAUUCUCUUCUCCGAGCUCUCCCGCCGCCGGAUUCGGAGCAUAAGCAGCUUAAUUAGGGUGGGCAGAAUCGAACCCGUCAUGGUUCUUAGGGUUAACAAGGAGAAGGGGUACAUCGAUCUCAGCAAGCGCCGUGUCGCCGAGGAGGACAUUCAGGCUUGUGAAGAGAGGUAUAACAAGAGCAAGCUUGUACAUUCCAUCAUGCGCCAUGUUGCCGAAACCAUGGAACUCGAUCUCGAGGAUCUUUACAUCCAUGUUGGUUGGCCUCUAUAUAGGAAAUAUGGUCAUGCUUUUGAGGCAUUCAAGCUGAUUGUCAAUGAUCCUGAUUCAAUUCUAAAUUCCCUAACUCGUGAAGUUACAGAAGUUGGCCCUGAUGGCAACACGAUAACAAGGGUGGUUCCUGCACUAUCAGAGGAAGUUAAAAAUUCUUUGGUACAAAAUAUUAGGAGAAGAAUGACUCCACAGCCACUGAAGAUCCGGGCUGAUGUUGAGAUGAAGUGUUUUCAGUUUGAUGGUGUUCUUCACAUAAAGGAAGCUAUGCGUAAAGCUGAAGCUGUUGGUAACAAAGAUUGCCCUGUUAAAAUUAAACUUGUUGCCCCCCCAGCAUAUGUUCUCAAUACACAGACUCUUGACAAGGAGCAAGGCAUAUCUAUCCUUCAUAAUGCGAUUGCAGCUUGCCGAGAGGAAAUACAACGUCACAAAGGAAAUCUCACCGUGAAGGAGGAGCCUAGAGUGGUGAGUGAAAAAGAGGAAAGACUCCUUGCUGAAGAGUUUAAAAAGCUGGGCCAGGAGAAUGAUGAGGUCAGCGGUGACGAAGACAGCGAAGAGGAAGAGGAUACAGGGAUGGGAGAGCUUGAUUUAGAAAACUCUGUGCACGUCAUAACAGACUGAAGAAGUUGGGGGAGUAAUGUACAAUUUUGAGUUUUAUCAGGCCUUAACGACAAUGCAGUUUUCCUGCCAAAGGAGACUCCAUUCUAGAGCUCUUGUUUUUGGGCAACAUCCAAUGUGAUUUAUUGUUGUGUUUUGAUCAUUUUUUUGUCAUGUGUUUCUUCGUACCAUUGUUAACGGUAUACCGUGUGCUAAAUAUGAGAAUUCUUUAUAUCAUAAGAACACUUUUUAUGUUACUGAUAUGCAAACAUUUCUGUGCAAAUUUACCCAAUCUA